AUGGCUUCUACUUCCACAGCUACCCACCUUUCCCUGACAGUUGUCCGCGCCUCCGAAGUGAAAUAUAGACCAAAAGUCUUCGGAAAUUUGCCGAGUCUUUAUGUCCAGGUCGAGCUCAACAAUGAGAGUAGACAAACGACGAUCGCAGAGAAGAGCUUAUCACCCAAGUGGGAUGAACGUCUUUCAUUCGAGUUACCAUCUGCAGACAAGAGUGGAAAUGUCAAUAUCAGGAUCAUGCGGAGAUCGCACCUGAGAGACGUAUGCAUGGGGCAAGCUGAGGCUGAGAUUAAUGCCUUGUUGGAGUGUUGUGCGGGUGGCAAAGAAGUAGAACUGCAUCUUAAUAAGCCUCGUGGAUUGGCAUCAACAGAAGCUGCUGCGACUCUUCACUUACGUUUGGAGGCUGUAGACGUGCUUAUGAGCACUAGCCAUAACGUCAAUGCUGCCGAGCAAGCAGUCCAACGGAGUGGAAUUACAGCUCUAGCAGCGGCCGCAGAUUCAACUAACAUUGCAGCCGUGGAAGCCUUUGGCACCCGGCUUUCCGGGUACUCUGAUCUAUACCAGUCUAUUGGAAAGCUCAUUUCGAAAUUGGACGUCUUUGUCGGUAUUAUCGACCAACUAUCCCAAGUGCAUCCGUACGUCAACUUUACAUGGAGAGUUGUAUCACAGCUAUACAAGAGCAUCAGUCGCCAAUUCGAGGUUGAUAAGAAGGUCAUUGAGCUUGUGCAUGCCAUGGAGGAUGCUUUCAACUUCGUUCAAGAUGCAGACUUCCUCCGCGACAAGACGCAGUACCUUGGGACAACUAUUAUCCAGCUUUUGAAGCAGACGAAUGAAUGCUGCCUCUUUAUACAGGAAUAUGCAAGUCAUACGUUCAUAGGACGAAUGUUUAAGAUUGACGUGGAUGGAAAAGCCGACGAGUUCAUGCAGUCCCUACGCGCACUCAAAGAAUCGAUUGAGUCGGGUGCUGUUAUUUGUACAGCAUUUGUUUCAAUGAGGAUGUCUUCAGAAAUUGAUACUUUAUUUUUAUCGCACCGACUGCAUCCAGACAUGAUGGACGCGUUUAAUCGGCCCCAAUGUCUUCCUGGAACGCGGACGGAAAUCAUGAACGAGGUGAUAGAGUGGGCAGUAUCAGGUUCGGACCAGAAUGUCUUUUGGCUGCACGGAACGGCAGGAUCUGGGAAGAGUACAGUCAGCACGACUAUUGCAGAAUAUUUCCGUGGGAUAUCUCGUCUUGGAGCCCGUCUGUUUUUUGAACGCGGGAAGAGCGAUCCUAGCUGUGUCAUCCGAACACUCGCUUAUAAGCUCGCCUCAUUCGACUCGUCUGUGGAAGCCAACGUGAUUGCAGCCAUUAAACAGGACAGCGAUAUUGGCCAGGCCACGUCGGCAAUUCAGUUUGAGAACCUACUCCGUGUCCCUCUUAAUUCGUCUCAAGAUGCUAUGCGAGGACCUAUUGUCAUUGUUCUCGAUGCAUUGGACGAAUGUGGCACGGAAAAAACGAGGCGAAACUUAAUGGAGAGCUUCCGAGAUGGACUACCAGAGCUCCCGAGAAAUUUUCGGUUCCUGAUUACGAGCAGGAGGGAACCGGACAUUGAUCAAGCACUGUCCUCUCGACCCGAGCGUGUCCGUUGUGUCGAACUGGAACACAGCUCGGAUAGCUGUAGGGAGGACGUGCUUCGCUAUCUUAAGUGUGCGAUGCGCAACAUAUUCGUGAUUAGGAAGUUGCCGAUUCCGGAUGAUUGGCAGUCGAAAAUGGAUCGUCUUGCUACAGCAGCAGGGGGGUUGUUCAUCUGGGCGUCGACAGCAGUGAAACUGGUGGACUGCGACAACCCGGCUCCGAAGCUAAAACAUCUAGUUACUCAAUCGCAGCAUCUCUCUGGCCUCGAACGACUUUAUAAGUCAGUGCUUGCAAAUUCGGGGAUUUCGUUCGACGAUGAUUCAUCCAAGGCUCGCUUUUCGCAAGCGCUUGGUCUCGUCGUUCUCAGCAAAACUCAGAUAUACGAUAAUAUGAUUGACGAGCUGCUUGGAUUUCCGAGCGACGAGCCAUCGAGGCUUAUCCUAUCUCGUUUACAAUCGAUACUUGUCUUCACUCCGAGCAAGCCUAUUCAAUUCUACCAAACAUCUUUCCGCGAUUACCUAUUGUCACCCGAACGCAAGAGCGACCCGUGGUUCAUUAAUCUUGAGGCCUUUAAAGACUUCAUUGCUUCACGUUGCUUCGAUGCCAUGAAGGACGGGUUGCGGUUCAACAUCUGUAACAUAAAGUCAUCGUACGUCUCAAACGAUCAGGUCCCUGACCUUCCGGACCGUAUCAAGGCAAACAUUCCUCCGCACUUGAACUACGCUUGCCUCUUCUGGACCGAGCACCUACGUGACACGCAAUUCUCGAGUGAACUCUUGGAUGAGAUUUUAGAAUUUCUUCGUGAACGUCUGCUGUACUGGCUCGAAGCGAUGAGCCUCUUGGGAAAGGUCCACACUGCCAGUCCGUCAAUCCUUCACCUUAUCGAUUGGAUCUCGUCACAUAAUACGGAGGUACUUGCUCUCCUCAGAGAUGUGCGCAGAAUAAUUACCCGAUAUGCAUUAGCUAUCUCGGAGUCCACACCUCACAUCUAUGUAUCAGUCCUCCCGUUUGCAUCGAUGGAGUCAAAGUUUAUGGCGCGUUUCUUGAAACCUGAUAUAUCCAAUGUAGGAAUAGAGCAAAUAGGUGAGAAGCAGCGGUCACCGCUCUUGAAAGUGCUCACAGGUCAUAGAAACGCUGUCACUACUGUUGCAUUUUCACCCGACUGUAUUCGGGUUGCCUCCGCCUCAUGUCACAAAAUCCUAAUAUGGGAUGCUGAAAGUGGGCGAGUCAUUUCUGACCCAUUAAAAGAGCAUAUUGACUGGGUACAGUCUGUUGCUUUCUUCCCCGACGGUACGCGCAUUGUCUCCGCAUCCGACGACAAGGCAAUUCGAAUCUGGGACGUUGAGAGUGGGAGGAUGAUUUCCGGGCCUUUUGAGGGACAUUCAGACCAGGUAUUGUCGGUUGCUUUCUCACCGGGUGGCAUGCGCAUCGCCUCCGGGUCCGCUGAUAAAACUGUCAUGAUCUGGGACACUGAAAGCGGACUUUCCGCAUGUCUCGAAGGGCACAAAUGGAAAGUGAAUUCUGUUGCUUUCUCGCUCGAUGGAAAGCGCAUCGUCUCUGGUUCCGAAGACAAGACUGUUCGAAUCUGGGACGUUGAGAGCCACGCAGACAGUGUUCAAUCGGUCGCUUUCUCUCGUGACGGUACACGUCUCGCCUCAGGCGCCUGGGACAACACGAUCCGAAUAUGGAACACGGAGAGUGGACAAUGCAUUUCUGGGCCUUUCGAAGGCCAUACCGAUGUAGUAUACUCUGUCGCUUUCUCGCCUGACGGGAAACGCGUAGUCUCUGGUUUUGGUGACAGAACCGUUCGAAUAUGGGAUGUUGCAACUGGGCAGGUAGUUUGUGGACUUUUCGAAGGGCACACUCACUCCGUAUUGUCUGUUGCAUUUUCUCCCGACGGAACCCGUGUCAUCUCAGGUUCCAACGAUGACACAGUCCGAAUCUGGGAUGCCGAAAAUGUUCAAACCGUGUCUACGCAUUUUGAAGGGCACGCAGAUGGAAUAAAUUCUGUAGCUUUCUCGCCUGAUGGAAGACACAUUGCUUCUGGCUCUGAUGAUGGAACGAUUCGAAUCUGGGACACAAUAACUGGUCACACUGUCGCUGGACCCUUCGAAGGGCACUCGGACCAUAUCACCUCUGUUGCCUUCUCGCCAGAUGGAAGGCGUGUCACGUCUGGCUCUUACGAUAAUACAAUUCGAAUCUGGGACGUCGAAAGUGGAAAUGUAGUUUCUGGACCUCUCGAAGGGCAUGAACGUGAUGUCAACUCUGUCUGCUUCUCACCUGAUGGGAUACGCGUUGUGUCCGGCUCCCUUGACAGAACAGUCCGAAUCUGGGAUGUCGAAAGCGGGCAGAUGAUUUCGGGUCCUUUCAAAGGACAUGGCGGUUCUGUCUACUCAGUUACUUUCUCGCCUGAUGGGAGACGCGUUGCUUCUGGCUCUGCCGACAACACAAUCAUAAUCUGGGAUAGUGAAAGUGGGGAAAUAAUUUCUGGACCUUUGAAAGUAAGAGGUUGGGUUUGGUCGGUAGCGUUCUCGCCCGACGGCACACGCGUUGUCUCUGGUUCUAAUAACCAGACGAUUCGAAUCCGGAACGUCAAGAGUGGUCGAAUCGUGGCUGGGCCCUUCAAAGGACAUACAGAGUGGGUUAAAUCAGUUGCGUUCUCUCCCGAUGGAGCACGUGUCGUCUCGGGUUCCAACGACAGGACGAUCCGAGUCUGGGACGUUGAGAUUGGACAGGCAAUAUUCACUUUUGAAGGGCAUACCGGUGGUGUCAAUUCCGUCGCGUUCUCGCCUGAUGGACGACGCGUCGUCUCUGGCUCCGGGGCCUUCGAUCAUACGAUUAGGAUAUGGAAUGUAGAAGAUCUCGCCUUUGAUUGGACAUUGGAUGAUGACGAUGGGUGGAUACGUGGACGCGAAGGAGAGUUCCUUUUAUGGAUCCCCCCUGAUAUUCGUCCAACGCUUUUACGCGCUCGAAAUACCGCAGUUCUCAGUUGCUCAUUUUCGACUAGGUUGGACUUUUCGAAUGCUGCCAAUGGUGAACGUUGGCAGGAAUGUUUUGAAUCUCCUCAAUGA